AUGAGUGCACAUCCAGACUGUGUCCCAACAUAUGCAAGUGAAAGAAAUCAAGAAACGUUCUAUGAUGAAACCGGAAUCGGCGGAACUAUAUGUCAGAAUAUUGACCCAAGUUUUCUGACAGCUGAGGAAAGAGAAAAAAUGGCGGAAUUGAGAAGAAAACAUGGAAUUUCGGAGCCAGAUCGUGUUCCUGAAGCCCAGCCUCGAUGUGAUUCCCCUGUUUUGGAGGAAGUCGCUGUGGUGACUGUUCCGGAAGAAGUCUGGCAAGGAUAUGACCCGGAGGCGUUGGUCAAAGUGACAAAUUUGAUUGAGCUGGAACAAAUUAACACCGAAAUUGGAAGAGAGUCAACGGCGUUGCGAAUAAAUAAUAGAGAACUGUCGAGAUACAUUGAGAAAUUGAAACUGGAAAAUAAAAGUAUUCAAGAAUUCUACGUAGGUCAGCACAAAGCCGACAUGGCCGCAAAGGAUGCAAACAUCGAAAAACAAGAGAUGGCAAAGAAAAGAGCUCAAGAGAAACUGAGAGCUGAGAGGAAGAGCAAUGAACUUUUUGCUGCACAAAACUUCAAAUCAAUGAGUGAUGAUCAUCUCCAGCACCUCUUCCAGAUGAUUUCUUCCGAGAUGAGAUCCCGUGGAAUGCAUGUUGUUCCAAUGGAAUCUUCUUCAGGAAAUAUGUGCUCCAUCCAAACCCUUACUCCUACUUCUCAACUCUCGACGAGCACUACACCAGACGUUGUUGUAAUUCAAAAACGCCCUCAAUAUUCGAUUGAUGCCAUUUUGAAUCAACCGGAUAAGCUGACAAUAUUCGACGACAAUGCUCAUCAAGGGACCUCUCAAGAACUACAAAUGCCAGCUGUGGGAACCCAGGAGUCAAGUCUCCAAGCAUUGAGCCGGCUUCAAUUCAUGGUGGCAAACCCUGCAGGACCCAAUGUAGUGCCCACUGAGCCGCCUAUGUCUAGAAAAAGGGGACCUCAAAAACCAAGGGCGCCUCGAAAGCCCAGGGCAAUAGAAACGAAACCAAGGGCAACCAGACGAAGCAAAGAAUCUCGCACGGAGUUUCAAAGUAAAAUGGCGAGAAACCAAUCUUUCACUGCAGUGGAGCUGACGCACGAAGAGAACGCCAAGCGAAUUUCUGAAUUUCUGAUAGUGAGAAUGGCGGAGCAACAAGGCGUUAAAGUCAACAAGAAAAUCUGGCACAGACCAGUGAUCCAGACCCGUCGUGUUAUCGAGCCACAAACACCACAAUUAGAUACCAGAGUUAAGAAUGAGAUACAAGACCCAGAAGUUUCCCAAGUCGUGUCUGUUGGUGGGACCAGAAAUGAAACACCAAUUGUGGCUACAGAAGAUGUUGUUGCUCUCACUGAUGCACCAUCUGCGUCAGUUUCAUUGCAAGGACACCAAGUUCCGAUAACCAAGUCACAAACCGGAUUUGCUCUAAAGCCAACUAGUGGAAUUGGUCUGAAUGCUCCAAUAGUAGCUACUCCAACAGUAGCUGCAGUAGCCACUGUACCCACUCCACUGGUCAUGAGCUCGAACUACCAGCCAAAUGCUCCCCAGCCUUCAAGUCAACUUGCUCCAACAGAGUUUUUCCAAGCGAUUAGAGCUCCAAAUUGGAAUCCUCAAUUGGCACCGAGCCGUGAUUCAAUGUAUGCUUUUACACCCGCUCCACGCCUGACAUACCCACCAUUUCCGAUGGUUCCACCCUCGAAUUCUCGUCGUCCUGGUCCUCCACCAACCAAUACCACUCCUUCUAUGAACUGUCAAAUAGUUUCAACUCCUCGAGCUCCACGAACGACUCAACCGCCAAAUUUGAAUAUGUCCAACUCGGGACCUGGUAUCUCUCAACCAUUGGCUCCACUCAUUCCUCCUCAACAAAUACCAAACUUUGAUCCGUCAAGAAUGCCUCAUCAUUUCCAUCCAACACUCAUCAAUUCCACCAAUUCAGCGUCUUUUCCUAAUGCCUACCUGCAACAACAAUUUCAACAACUGCAACUACUGCAACAACUGCAGCAUACAUCCAUUCCCCAUUUUCAAAACACUGCUGCCCACGGAAAUCGAACUGGUGUCCAAACGGCCCCUACCAAUCAAAGUACAGCUCAGCCUUCUAUGCCAGAUCUCACUAACAACGGCAAGCAGGAACUGGCAAUAAUGUUUGAAAAGCACAUGAAAGAAGGAUUGGAAAGUGCAACUAAAAUUGUAAAUCAACGACAGUCAGAGAUCGAAAAAAAAGAUGAAGAAAUUCUGAAAUUGAAGAUGGAGCUGCAAACCGAACAGGAAAAGUUAAGAAAGUGUAUUGAAUCCAAUGUGCAGUAUCAUGGAGACAAUGAGGCUCUAGAAAAAAGGGUGAAAUUGCAAGAAGAUGAACUAGACAAAGCAAAAAGGAGUAAUGUGGAAAAAUAUGAAAAGAUAAAAGAAUUAUCCGACGAGGUUCGAUCAUUGCAAGCAGUAAAUAGGACUCAGAAGGAAGAAUACGAAGAGAAAAUAACCGAAUUCGAGAUGUCUGCGGAAGACAAUGGAAGAAAAUUGGCAGAAAAGGACAAGAAAAUCGAAAAUUUGGAAAAGAGUCUGCAGACGUCAGAGGAAGAAAUCAAAAGUGAGAUAGCAAAAAAUCAAGAUCUCACUGAGAAAUUGAAUAGAGAGACCACAUCUCGUAAUUCAGAUUGGUUGAAUUGGAGCGCCGCCAGAGCAGAUGAAAAGAAGAAAAUGGAAGAGAGGCAUCAAAAGAAAACUGAAAAACUGAAGAAGGACCAUAAAGAUCAAGUUGCUGAACUUCAAAAGCAGAUGGAUGGUAGAGAUACCAAGAUUAGAGAGUUGAAUGAGAAUAGUGAGAAAGAACGAAAGGAAUGGAAAGAAGCAAAAGGAAAGGAGAUCAAGGAGAUGGAAGAGGCGCAUCAGAAAGAAAAGAAGAAACUCAAUGCGGAUCAUAGCUUCCAAAUUGCUGAUUUUCGACAAAAGAUUCAGGAAAGAGAAGACAAGAUGAAAGAAGAAAACGAGCAAAAUGAGAGAGAAAUAGCAGAACAAGACCGGAAGCACCUUUUGGCUCAAAAAACUCUAAAAGAAGACUUCGAAAAAAGGAUUCAAGAAAAGGAAAGAGAAAUUGAAGCUGGAAAAAAUAGAGAGAAACUGCUGGAACCAUUUAGAUUGGCAUUCUCAGAAAGCUUUCUGAAAUCUCAACAAUAUUUCGCAGAUCAAAAGAAAGCCUACGAUGAGUUGGUGAAACCGAGAAUAGCGAAUGUCGAUGAAAAAUCGGAAAGCCUUGGAGGCAAAGAAUGCAAUAUGGUGCCAAAAAGCAUUGAGAAAGAUCAACCAAACAAGGAUGAAGAGCUCGUUUCCGAGACACAAAUCGCUGAGGAAGAGGGUCAACGAGGAGCAACUGGACCUCAGAAAAGACACUGUUCAUCAUCUAAGCAGGGAAGAGAAACGAAGAUGAAAAAGAUGGAAUGA